AUGAAGGCCGUUCUUAUUAAAAACCAAAAGGGCCCCAGUUCCGCCCUAUACAUCGGUGAGGCCUCUAAACCUGCCCGCUCUUCCUCAGAUGAUGUCCUCAUCCAUGUCCACUGUUUCGGUCUUAACCGCAUGGACAUUCUCCAGCGCGAAGGACACUACCCGGUCCCUCCUGGUGCCUCCCCCAUCCUCGGCGUCGAGUUCAGCGGUACUGUUGCUGAAAUCCCUGAUAACAACACUUCCAAUUCCUGGUCAGUCGGAGACAAAGUCUUUGGUCUUGUCACAGGUGGAUCUUACGCAGAAUAUGUUGUUUGCAAUCAAGCAACCCUUUUCAAGUUCCCAGAAAACCUCUCAAACUUUGAUUUCGUAAAAGCAGCUGCCAUCCCUGAAGUCUGGCUCACAGCAACUCAAGUCGUCCUUCAUAUUGGGAAACUUCAGCCCAAUUCCCGGUUCUUGUUUCACGCAGGAGCUUCUGGCGUCGGUUUAGCUGCACUUCAAAUUGCACGCGGAUCUGCAAAUGCGCGCACCGUCUACUGCACUGUUGGUUCUAAUGACAAACGAGACUUUUUACUUAGCUCCGUUGCCUCGUCUUGGGCAUCUGCUUCCCAAACAUGCCCCCAUUCCACAGAACUGGUCCCCAUUAACUACCGCGAACACGAUUUUGCCGAUGCAAUUAAGCAACAUGAUCCCACUCCUCUCGAUCUCAUUGUCGACCCCGUUGGCCAGCUCUACUUCCAGCGAAAUCUUGAUUUGCUUGGUCGUGACUCUACUCUAGUUCUUAUGGGACUCAUGUCAGGAGGUGUAGUAACUCAAGGCCCAGUUGACCUGAGUCCAAUUCUGCGUAAAGCUUUGAGGAUCGAGGGCACCACGUUACGUGCACGUUCAAUUGAGUAUAAAACGGAACUACGCCGUGUUUUUGAAGCGCGUGUUUUGCCGCAUAUAUUUACAGGAGAGUUCAAUGUGUUUAUUGAAAAGGAAUUCAAAUGGGAAAAUAUCAUCGAAGCUCAUAAUCUUAUGGAGUCUAACAAAACUAUGGGGAAGAUCAUUGUGCAUGUCAAUUGA